UCUCGGGCGUCUACCUCUCAGCGUUCUGGGCCGCCAACAUCCUGUACGACAUCCUGAGCUUCCUCCCAAUGCUCGGCAUCUUGCUCGGGCUCAUUCUGGGCUUUGGCAUCACGCCCUACACGGCCAACUCGGAGGCGGUCGACGACGCGCUCUCGGCGACAGCGCUUCUCUUCUUUCUCACGGGUGUCGCGCUCGUCGCGUCGGCGUACGUCGGUGCCUUCUUCCUCAAGGAGCAUUCAUCGGCGCAGACGAUCAUGGUGCUUUCGCACCUCGGUGUCACGGUCGCCUUUUUCGUGGCCGAGAAUGUAUUGUAUACGUUCUCAAAGCCGAGCAUGAACAACGUCUGGCGCGUGGCGCCGCUGUACGCGCUUGGCGACGGUCUCCGCAACGUCACGGCGGCGAACGCCAAGUACAUCACGCUACCCAACGGCACGUCGACCAAGAUGCGUCUGCAUGCCCUCGCCCCCAGCGGUGUCUACGAGCACCUCACGUACCUCGGUACGACCGCUUGUGUCUUCUUUGUCUUGCUCUUCUGCCUCGAGUACCUUCGCACGGUCAAGGCGCAUUCGUACAACGCGGCACCCGAUACGACAGACGCUGCAUCGAUGACAGACACGGACGUAAUUGCCGAAAACGCGCGCGUCACGGCGCUGUCCAGCACGACCGACAACGCAGUCGUCAUUGACCAGCUGCGCAAAGUCUUCAACGACUUGUUCUUCCGCGCCGAGCCUGUGAAAGCGGUGAAAGGACUCUCGGUCGCGCUGCCAAAGGGCGAGUGUUUCGGUCUCCUUGGGGUCAACGGUGCCGGCAAGUCGACGACGCUCAAGAUGCUACUGGGCGAGGUCGCGCCGUCGGCAGGUCGCGCCUUCCUCGCUGGUCGCAACGUCGUGUCGCAGCACAACCAAGCACGCACGCUCGUCGGGUACUGCCCGCAGUUUGAUGCGCUCUUUGACCUCCUCACGGUGCGCGAACACUUGCAGUUGUACGCGGCGCUGCGCGGCCUUCGCGGGUCGGACGCCAAGCGCGCGAUUGCACAGCUCAUAUCCAAGCUUCGGCUCACGUCGUUCGAGCACGUCCUCGCGUCGCACUUGAGCGGCGGCAACAAACGCAAGCUCUCGGUUGCGAUCGCCGUGAUCGGGUCGCCGCCCAUCAUCAUCCUCGACGAACCGUCCACGGGCAUGGACCCGGUGUCGCGCCGGUUCCUUUGGGAGGUCAUCUCGGACCUCUCGACGCACCAGCGCGAGUCGACGGUCAUUCUGACGACCCACUCGAUGGAAGAGUGCGAAGCCUUGUGCUCGCGCGUCGGUAUCAUGGUCAGCGGCGGCCUCCAGUGCCUCGGGAGCAUUCAGCACAUCAAGCAAAAGUUUGGCCACGGCCUCGUACUCGACCUCAAGCUGCGCGUGCCCGAGCAAGCGGCGACCGAAGCGAUGGCCGCCACGCUGCCGUCCACGCUCAGCAUGGAUGACAUGAUCCACUGGUGCGGCCGUCUUCGCAAGCCGUCGCGCGCAUCGCUUUUGGUGCCCGACCACGCCACGGGCUUCUUCCUCGCCCACUUGGCCAAUACCGAGGGCGCGGUCGACGUUGCAUCUUUCUGCUCGUGGUGGAUCGGCGAAGACAUGUUUGACGCGAUCGCCCAGCACCUCCAUGCGGCCACAAACGGUGCAAUCGACGUCGUCUUCCGCGAGCCGGCGCUCGUGCAGUUCAAGCUCCGCACGACGCUCUCGGUCGCGUUCAGCGUCGUCGAGGCGGCCAAGCAAACGUUUUCCAUUCAAGAGUACGCGGUCUCGCAGACUUCGCUCGAAGACAUCUUCAAUGCGUUCGCGUCCAAGCAAGAACGACGCGAAGAGCCGUCGUUGACAAGCGGGUGCUGCGGCUGCUUUAAGAAGGCGCGGUCGACAAGAAACAACCAGUACCACGCACUGUCGAGCCCCUAA